GUAAGUAAUUUGUCUGGACCUUAUAUUGACAUUGAUUAUAUUCUGGAUUCCUUGUGGUAGAAAUAGAAACGAAUCAAACAUAAACUUGAAAUUUAUAAUUUGUUUUCCUCCAUCAGCAUACGCCUAUGUACUAGAAUAUAUAAGAAGAUUUGUGAAAUAUAGGAAACGUCUGAACAAUUCCAAUUGUGAUGAACAUAUGGACUAGACCUACCAGCUCGAAGCAAAACAAUAUAUUAUAAAUCAGUUAGGCCUUCGUCAAUUUAAGCUAAGGAACGUUCCUGAGACAUGAGUAUAGUAAUUAUCUACUGUAUGUAUUUUCGUUUUGAGACGACCCCUCAAUAGAAAGGACUGAAUCCAUGAUGUUUACACCGUGAGCAGCCUUGAUGGAUUCCCACGUAAUAGAAGCUGCUUCAGUUAUUAUCUCGGAUAACCACUGGCUUAUUACGUCUGUUGUUGGAUCAGUUCUUGCCUUCAUCCUACUGCGACGAAUCGUGGCGGGUGGUGUUUGUGUCUCAAACAAACGUCUGGAUGGGAAGACUGUCAUCAUCACUGGCUGUAACACGGGCAUUGGUCUGGAGACAGCCAAGGAGUUGUCUGCUAGAGGCGCUCGGGUGAUAAUGGCAUGUCGCGAUAUGGCAAAAGCCAACAAAGCAUCGGACAUCGUGAAAAAGUUCUCGGGAAACACUGAUGUCAGCGUACAACGACUAGAUCUGGCUUCACUGGAUUCUGUGAGGAAAUUCGCAGAUACAAUUAACGACAAUGAGGAAAGAGUUGAUAUUCUCAUCAACAAUGCUGGAUUGAUGUUGUUCUCAAGGUUGGAAUCUGACGAUGGAUAUGAAAUGCAGUUUGCAGUGAACCACCUCGGGCAUUUCUUGUUGACUUAUCUUUUAUUAAGCAAAAUCAAGAAAUCCGCUCCUGCGAGAAUCAUCAACGUCUCAUCGAAUGCACACUCCAAAGGGAAGAUCAACUUUGAUGAUAUCAACAGCAAGAAGGAUUAUUCCAUUUUAACUGCCUACCCUCAGAGCAAACUGGCCAACAUACUUUUCACUAAAGAACUCAGCAGGCGUCUUCAUGGUACAGGUGUGACAACAUACACACUCCACCCCGGAGUAAUCAACACGGAAAUAUCGAGAUACGUGAAGGCCUGGAUGACACCCCCUCUGUUUCUGUUUAUGCGUCCAUUUUUUAUCUUCUUGAAGACACCAGUACAAGGUGCCCAAACAACUCUGCACUGCGCUUUAGAUGAAAACUUAGAUAAUGUUUCUGGAAAAUACUUCAGUGACUGUGUACAAAAACAGCCGUCCAAGGCAGCAUUGGAUAUGGAGAAUGCUGAACGACUGUGGCGGAUCUCGGAGGAAAUGGUGGCCAGUACAGUAAGAUAAAACAGACGUAUAUAUUAUCAGUGUUAUUUGCUUUGUCAUAAUCACAAAUAGCAUUUUUCAUUACAACAAAAUAUGCAAAAUAUUUCUGAAGAAAUCAGCAAUAAGAGUCAUUCAAUGUGAAACACCGUGAUUGUAAUGUGUUCUAACUAGUGCACAUUUUUUUUAGAUCAAGUUUUAUUGAUAUGUCCUUUUUUUACGUUUUUAUAACAAUACACUUAAAGGAAAUUGCUAUGUCCCACAAAUUACCACUUUACUAUACCUGUCAUUAAAGUAAAUGACAUUAAACUGACUGGUAUAUUUUCAUCACCUAAAUGAAAUAUUUAUUAGGUUAUUAAGUUAUUACUAUUUUUACUUUUAUUUCGAGAAUGCAUUGGAUCCUUGUUAGGCCAACUUAAUACUGUUUUUUUUUUUUUACAUUUGAUCCUUGAAAACAUGAAAAUGCUUAAAAUAUUCUGCUGAUGUUUGUAUUCAUCAAUUAAAGGCUGCCAUGCAUUCCAUCGUUUACAGAAAAAGUAACUGUUUAAAACAGAAAAAAAAAUCGGAUACAUUUUGCCGCCGCUUGUGUUACAACUUAUAGAACUAUGAUUCAUUUUCCAUUUGCAUUUUGACACUAUCUCAUCUUAUUGGUAGAACAUUUCCUCUGUUUUACUUAGGUUGAUUGUUGGUGAUAAAUGGAUAGAUUAAGAUACUAGUAUUAAUGUAAAAUUGUAUAUGUUUCCAUUUGAUAAACAUUGAUAUGUUUUUUGUCAACAUGUUAACCUACUGGUUGAAAAAAUAUAAUGAAAAGAAAAAUAUCUUGAUUUAUGAGAAGAUAUCAAUAUUUAUUGUGAGAGAAACUUUAUUAGAAUUGCUUCAUGAACCAAAUAGUUAAAGAUACGAUGUAUUUAUCAUACACUGUACAUUUUUCAAUUUGUUCAUUAUUUCGCAAAUUCUAUAUCUUCUAUAAGUAAACAUCUUUAUUUCGAUGUAGUGUUUAUUAAGCUUUGUAUCAGAUUUAAUCUAGAACACAUUUAACCCGUUGGCCUCUGGUCUAACGAACUUAAAAUUAUGAAUUUAAUUUAUUAUUUAUUAUCAAUAUAUUCAUGUAAGAUGUAUAAUGUUUAAAAGUGAGAACUGAUACAUAUAUUUAUGAAGGGAGCUAUACUGUGGGGUUAGCCACCAUGCAUUUUGUGAAAUUGCAAUCGCAUUACCUAACGAGGUGGUCACUAAUGGCUAAUCUGCAAUGCAUGUUCAGCAGCUGCAGCGACUGUCGCUCGGAAUAAUUGAAUAAAGUUUGACCUCAUUUGAGGAAAGCAUCAACGUUAGAUCACCAUAAUUGGUCACUUGAACUUUACGGCACGGUAAUUGACCAAUCGGGGCUGAUCACAUCUUGGGUAUCAGCCUGACGGGAGACAUGCCUUUUCAGUUCCGAAAGAAUAUUCGGGGAUUAUAUAAAAUGCGUUAAUGCUUUCAUGAAAAUUCCAUAGACAUUUUAAUUAGUUUUUAAUAGCCCAACCGUAUUGCUUAAAUCUCAUUCUCAUUAUUUAUUUUCAUUAUAUGUCCAUAUGUCAAAAUCGUAUGUAUCCUCAACAUUUUAUUAUUUUUCAUUUUCCUAGAAUUGAAUUAUAUGACUACCAGACGUUUUUCAAGAGUGUAGUAAUGCUCUCAAUGAGUUUUAUCUCAGCAUUAAUAAUUCUACCUCCUCUUUGUGGUUUUGUUGUGUUAAAAGAUGGAUAUCAUUAAAAGUCAAUGAUCAAUGUAUAAUGUCAACACAAGUGAAUGUGUAUCUGAAUUUGAAUUUUUAUGAAAUAAUAAAUGACAAUUUUAACAAUA